CCGUCGGCAGGGAUGAACAUCUGAACUGGACGCCCAACUUAAGGUUAACACUGCGCAGCUGCGAGAUUAAGGUGAAAACAGGAGCAGCUGUAAACAAAGUCAAAACCUCCCACAAGUGCUGCUAUUUUCCGCUGAUCAUAAUGCGGGACUCAGUCUUCAACUGCUGUGUUUCUCCUCCUCAUCCUCCUGGAGCUGCAGCUGCAGAGCGCAGAAGCAGAUCUCCAGCCCCGCAGAACCACAGCCGCUUCCUGAUGUUCUUCGACUUUGACGAGACUCUAGUGGAUGAGUGCAGUGAUGACUCCAUGGUGUCUGCAGCACCCGGCGGAGUCCUGCCCGGCUGGCUGAAGGACACGUACCGUCCCGGCCGCUACAAUGAGUACAUGCAGCGCGUCCUGGCCUACCUCUCUGAGCAGGGCGUCACUCCGGCGGCCAUUCGGGCCACUGUGGAGAAGCUGCCCCCCUGUCCAGGCAUCCCGGCUUUGAUGCAUUUCCUGCUCUCACAGCCAUCCAGAGACUUUGAAGUGGUUUGUGUGUCUGACGCCAAUACAGUCUUCAUAGAGACGUGGCUGCAGUACAUGGGCUUCCAGCCGCUGUUUCUGCGCAUUUUCACCAACCCGGCUCACUUUGAUGAUAAUGGGGUACUGCAGCUGCGCCCGUUUCACUCCCACGAGUGCCUGCGGUGCCCAGCUAACAUGUGCAAAGCGGUGGUGGUCCGGCAGUACGUGGCGCAGCGCAUACGGGAGAGAGGAGGACGGCCCUAUCAGAAGGUUUUGUACAUGGGAGACGGGGCCAACGACUUUUGCCCGUCUCUUACACUGUCACCGGGGGAUGUAGCCUUCCCGAGGCGGGACUUCCCAAUGCACAAACUGAUCCAGGAGAUGGGGGAGGCCAAACCUGGGGAGUUCAAGGCAAGCGUGGUGCCCUGGAAGAGUGGUGAGGACGUUGUUAACACCCUAAGGAAGAUUUUGGAGAGGACCUGAUUGGAGACGAUUUACAAAGUGAUUGGAAUGUGCUCAAGAAGCAUUUAGGACAGGGGUGCCCAAACGUUUUUUAUAAAGGGCCAAUUUCCAAACUUUAUUGAGGGCUGUGGGUCGAAGUUAAAGAUACCAAACCGUAUUACAUUCAAUUUGCCGUGGGUCGUUUCCUAAAUUGUUUGUGUAUUAUUUAAAAAAAAAAACUAGAAAACGAUCCUUCAAAACUGAUUAAUUAAUGAUGCAGUUUAAUUUUAAACGUUUUAUAAUGAACUUAUUAUAGUAAAAACAUAAACAAUCUCAUUUAUA